AUGCUGCACGAAAACAGCCAAAGCCUUGAUGCAAAUCUUGCAUCUGUGCAUAGUAAAGCUGAAAAUGAUUUUCUGCUGAGUCUGCUGAAUGUUUCUAGUCAUGCUUACAUCGGUGGUCAUUAUGGUGAACAAGAUGGCCAAUGGUUGCGGAGUGAUGGGACCACCUUUGACUACACCAACUGGUACACUACAGAACCUAACAACAAUGGUGGUCCAGAGAACUGCUUGGAGAUAAACUGGGCCAGUAACCGCUGCUGGAACGAUCUAAGCUGUUCAUUCGCAACAGGCUAUAUUUGUGCUAAAGCUUCACACACUCUUGAAAUUCUGAAGGCUGUACUCUGA